UCUUUACAAUUACCCAUGACUCCCUUCAAACGUAUGACCUGUCUCUGGCCUUGGCGUGUGGCGCGGUGUUGCUAGUUGUCAGAGUGUGCUGUCUGCAGGAUUUGGUCAACGUUACCUAGCGAGUGGUCCCAUCCGACAAGUCGGCUACUGAACUGUGAACCGUUACAGCGGAGCUGAGCCACAAUGCUGAAAUGUCGAGCUGUGUGGAAAAAGCUUACGCCUCUAGCUAGAGCCUCAUCAACUGUGUGCCGGCAGAAUGUGAGGAGAGCAGUUUUGAACAAUGGCAGACCAAUGCGUGUACCAGCAGCUCACAUGUCCAUCGGGCCUGCAGGGGGAGGUGGGGAAAAACAGCUAUACAUCCUCCUAGUUGGAGCAGCCUGCCUCGGGGGGGGGGUAUAUGCGUACCAAACUUUAAAGGGAGACCAAAAGAGAUACGAAGAACGUAUGGCAGAAAUUUCAUCCAGACCACAUAAAGCAGCCGCACAAAAAACAGCCGUACCCACCGAGUCAGAGCCUCCAGCUGCAGAAGCCACUGAGACAGAGGCCGUCCCUGAACCAGAACCUCAAGCAGCAGCUUCACCAGAGGAGCCGAGCCCUCCGGCCCCUGACACUGAAGCUGCAGCCCCCGUUGAAACAACUGAACCACUCCCAGCAGAUGAGCCUGUGGUAGAAGCACCCCCAGAGGACGUAGCAGAGCCACCUGCUGCACCUGUAGUUGAGGAGGAACCAGCACCCCCAUCUGAGCCCUCCGCAGUUGAGCUUACAGAGCCACCCCCUGCACCUGUUGUGGAGAGUGAACCUGCAACAGCAGCAGCAUCAGCAGAAACCCCUGCAGCAGAGCCAGCCGAGCUUCAGCCUGAACUUGUGACAGAGAGUGCAUUGGACUCCACACCUGCCACUCCCACGGUCCCCUCACAUGCCCCCUACCUCCUCAUUGGUGGCGGUACCGCCUCUUUCGCUGCUGCCCGGUCAAUUCGAGCCAGAGACCCUGGUGCUAGGGUAUUAAUUGUGACUGAUGAGCUAGAUCUUCCAUACAUGAGGCCACCUCUUUCGAAGGAACUGUGGUUCUCUGAUGACCCCACUGUGACAGAAACACUGCGUUUCAAACAGUGGAAUGGAAAGGAAAGAAGUAUCUACUUCCAGCCGCCGUCAUUUUACAUUCAUCCAGAAGAAUUGGAUAGUGCAGAAAAUGGGGGAGUUGCUGUUCUCCCUGGCAAAAAGGUGAUUCACAUGGAUGUGAGAGGAAACAAAGUAAAACUGGAUGAUGACACUGAGAUUUCAUACGACAAGUGUUUGAUUGCUACAGGCGGCGUGCCAAGAAACCUACAGGCCAUUGAAAGAGCAGGAGAGGAGGUGAUGAGUAGGACAACUUUGUUCCGCAAGAUUGAUGACUUCAAAUCAUUGGAGAAGGUCUCCAGAAACAUCAAAUCCAUCACAAUCAUUGGAGGCGGCUUCCUGGGCAGCGAGCUGGCCUGUGCCCUGGGCAGAAGAACAACUGAGUCUGGUCUGGAGGUGAUACAGAUGUUCCCUGAGAAGGGAAACAUGGGAAAAGUGCUGCCUGAGUAUCUGAGCAACUGGACAACAGAAAAAGUCAAGAGAGAGGGUGUAAAAGUGAUCUCAGAAGCUUUAGUGAAAUCUGUGACCUGCAAAGAUGAUAAAUUAGAGAUCCAACUGAAGGAUGGCCGAUUGGUGGAAACUGAUCACAUUGUUGCAGCUGUUGGCUUGGAGCCCAAUGUUGACCUUGCUAAGUCAGCAGGUCUGGAGGUGGACUCUGACUUUGGUGGCUUUCGGGUCAAUGCAGAGCUGCAAGCGAGGUCCAAUAUUUGGGUGGCAGGAGAUGCUGCAUGUUUCUACGACAUCAGACUGGGCCGCAGACGAGUGGAGCACCACGAUCAUGCUGUUGUGAGUGGUAGACUAGCCGGAGAGAACAUGACAGGAGCCAGCAAACCCUACUGGCAUCAGUCUAUGUUCUGGAGUGACCUGGGACCUGAUGUAGGCUAUGAAGCCAUUGGGAUUGUUGACAGCAGCCUGCCCACAGUAGGAGUGUUUGCCAAAGCCACUGCCAAGGACACGCCUAAAGCUGCUACAGAGAAAUCAGGAACUGGGAUCCGCUCAGAAAGUGAAACAGAGGACACAGCCAUUAGCCCAGUGGCCGCUUCAACACCCGCUCCCACUGACGGGCAGCACAAAGACAACUAUGGCAAAGGAGUCAUCUUCUACCUGCGAGACAAAGUGGUGGUGGGCAUUAUCCUGUGGAAUGUGUUCAAUAGAAUGCCCAUCGCAAGGAAGAUUAUCAAGGAUGGAGAGGAACAUGCAGACCUGAACGAAGUGGCCAAGCUAUUCAACAUCCAUGAGGAUUAAGAAGGUGGAGGGUGACACUCAUUAUGGAAGGGGAGUUACGCUUCAUGUGAAGACUGAACUUUGGCAGUCAUUGCCACACUCUUUAAGACACAACCGAUCACGAAAUGGGACAUUCAACGUAAAUUAUGUCAUGUCGCUGAAAUAUUUUCAUAUUUGGAAUUUGUAGCUGCUACGCCUGUUUUUGUUGUUUUUGUUUUUUUUUUCUAUUCGUGAGAAAUCACUUUCUCAUCUUCCUGCUACCACAAAACUUGUGUGAUUGUAUAUCCGCUUCUCCCAACCAGGCUGAAAAUGUUAAAUGUGGAUUACUGUUUCCCUCUGUGUGAUCAGAGCAGCUUGUUGUGAGAAAAGCUGCAAUAAAAGCUAUUUUUAAAUUGGA